AUAGUAAUCUCUAUAUAUUAGUUAAACCAAUCUAAUCGACGGCCACAAUCGAACUAAUCAAAUCAACGGCCUCAAUCCACCCAAGAAUUUGCCUACAUAUACACCCUCCAACACCUUACAACUCCUCAUUCCAAUUUCAACCCUUCAAAAGAAAACCGCCAAAACUGAAAAAACCGUUCGCCAAUGGCAAUGACUAACCAAUUCCUCCUUCCUCUCUUCUUACUCCUCCUCUCCAUCACCACCACUGCCACCUCCGCCGCUGCCGUCAAUUCCACCGCCAACACCACGUCCGCGGCAGUCAAUUCCACCAUUGACAUCAUCUCUACCGCCGACAACUUCCCGGAAUCCACCACAAACACCACUAGCACCGCCGCAAAAUACUCCAUUUCCCCACACGAACUCGAUACCCUCUUGCGUGUCUUACGAUACAGAGGUUACCCUCUCUUCAGCAACGCAAUUGACACCUCCGACGUCCAAUUCCAAAUCCUCACCGCCACCGCCGCUACCACCGCCGACGUGCCUCCAUCAUUCACUAUAUUCGCCCCCAAAGAUCAUUUCCUCUACACACUCGACAUGGCUGCCAAUGCCGAUGCUUACGUAGCCGCACUCCGAUCCCACGUCAUCCCUUCUCACCGACUAACCCUCUCUCAACUCCGUAACCUCACUGCUCCAUACCUUUCUACCCUUCUCCCCCAUUACAGUAUAUUAGUCGAAAACAGCAAUACCGAUGACGUUUUCGUUACGGUUGAUGGUGUUCGGGUAUCCGACCCGAAUCUUUUUAUCGGGUCGAGAUUUGCUGUUCAUGGGUUAGAUGGAAUUCUUCUUACUGGGUUCAACAUGUAUGAGGACGCACUUAGUCAAAUGGGUAAAGGUUUUUUUGCGCCGGAGAAAGUUGACCCCACUAGCCGGAAUUAUGCGGCGGCAACGGCGACGUCGGCUGUAGGGUUGCCGGAGGUGAAGAAUGGAGGAUUUUCAAAAGUUAUGAGGAAGCAUAGGAGAUUGCAGUAUCGCCGGAUUUGGAAGAGUAAUUACAGUGUCCGGCGGAGUAAUGACGGUGGUCGCGGUGGUGAAGAUGAUUUCUAAGGGUGUUAGUGUAAUUCUUGGAUUUCUUGUGGGGUACAAGUGUCUUUGUAAGAAGAUGAUAUCUAGGGGUGUUACAGUAAUUCUUGGGUUUCUUCUGGGGUAAAAGUAUCUUUUUGAGAAGAUGAUUCUAGGGGCAUUACAGUAAUUUUGUAGCUUUCUUCUGGGGUAAAAGUGUCCUUUUGAAUUGUACUGCUCGUGAAUUACCAAUUGUGAAUAUUAAUGGAAAUGAAAUCAAUAGUUCUAUGAA